AUGCAGGGAGCCAGGGCACUGCUGCCGCUGCCACUGCUACCACUGCUACUGCUGGGCCUCAGACUCCAGCUGACCCUCAGCAUCGUCCCAGUGGAGGAAGAGAACCCAGCCUUCUGGAACCAAAAGGCGGCUGAAGCCCUGGCAGCUGCUAAGAGGCUGCAGCCCAUUCAGACUUCAGCCAAGAACCUCAUUAUCUUCCUGGGAGAUGGGAUGGGGGUGCCCACAGUGACCGCCACCAGGAUCCUGAAGGGCCAGAUGCAGGGCCAGCUGGGGCCAGAGACACCUCUGGCCAUGGACCACUUACCAUACAUGGCGCUGUCCAAGACGUACAGUGUGGACAGACAGGUGCCAGACAGUGCAAGCACAGCCACUGCCUACUUGUGUGGGGUCAAGACCAACUACAAGACCAUCGGUGUGAGCGCAGCUGCCCGCUUCAAUGAAUGCUCCACAGUCUGGGGCAAUGAGGUCCUCUCUGUGAUGUACCAGGCCAAGAAAGCAGGGAAGUCUGUUGGCAUAGUGACCACCACCCGGGUCCAGCACGCCUCACCGGCUGGCACAUAUGUCCACACCGUGAACCGCAACUGGUACUCGGAUGCCGACAUGCCCGUCUCGGCGCUCCAGGAGGGCUGCAAGGACAUUGCCACGCAGCUUGUCUCCAACAUGGACAUCAAUGUGAUCCUGGGCGGAGGUCGAAAAUACAUGUUUCCCUUGGGAACCCCAGACCCGGAGUACCCAGAUGAUGCCAACUCCACCGGAGUCAGGCUGGAUGGGAAGAACCUGGUGCAGGAGUGGCUGGCAAAGCACCAGGGGUCUCGGUAUGUGUGGAACCAUAGAGACCUCACCCAGGCGUCACUAGAUCCAUCGGUGACAUACCUCAUGGGCCUCUUUGAGCCUGUUGACACGAAAUUUGAGAUCUACCGAGACCCAGAGCUGGACCCCUCCCUAGCAGACAUGACAGAGGCUGCCCUGCGAGUGCUGAGCCGGAACCCCCUCGGCUUCUACCUCUUCGUGGAGGGGGGCCGCAUCGACCGUGGUCACCAUGAGGGCUCAGCAUAUCGCGCACUGCAUGAAGCAGUCAUGUUUGACAAUUCCAUUGAGAAGGCUGAGCAGCUUACCAGCGAGCAGGACACCCUGACCAUCGUUACUGCUGACCACUCCCAUGUCUUCACGUUUGGGGGUUACACCCUGCGUGGGACUUCCAUCUUUGGGCUGGCCCCACUCCUGGCCGAGGACGGCAAGACCUACACUUCCAUCCUAUAUGGCAAUGGCCCCGGCUAUGUCGGGGACAAGGGCCCCCGUCCCAAUGUCACCACGUUGGAGAGUGGUGACCCCAACUACCUGCAGCAGGCGGCUGUGCCAGUGCACUCCGAGACGCACGGCGGCGAGGACGUGGCGGUGUUCGCGCGCGGCCCACAGGCGCACCUCAUGCACGGCGUGCAGGAGCAGAACUACAUCGCGCACCUCAUGGCCUACGCGGGCUGUCUGGAGCCCUACACAAACUGUGACCUGCCGCAGCCCACCCAGGCCGCUGCCCCUGACUCCGUGCUGCCUUCCCUGCUGCUGCUGGCGGGCACUGCGCUGUUUCUGCUGGGGGCCAGAGCUGCGCCCUGA